CUGUAGUUCAGAAUGGAACCAGAACUAAAACGUUUUAAAACGGACAACGAUAUUAAAGAAAAUAGCACUUCCGAUGAGAAAUCUGCAAUUUCUAGGGAAUAUCUGCACAAUGGGGAAAAAUGCAGCGACAAACACGUCGUGGAAACAGAACCCGCGCUCCACGCGGGAAAUGAGCAACUUCCGGUGUGUAAACAUGGUGAAAAGUGCAGUCAGACAGAUUUGAUUCACUUCGCAGAAUUCUGGCACCCGACUGCAAAGGGCGAUGGAGAUGAAAAUAACAACAAAGAGGGAGAAAGCUGCGAAGAAAAUGAAUGCGAAGUUGUGGAAUUACCGUACUUUGACGUGGAAAGCACACAACCUGUUUUCGAUGACUACUGUGACAGCGAAUCGGAAGAUGGCGAAGAUAAGGGAUCCGUCACAGCAAAAACGCAUGAAGACCGACUUGCCAGCGAUAGUUUGGGAUCUCAACUGUCACGAGAUGACACGGUCCUGAGCCGCGGCCCCAGCAUUGUGAAAUGCUAUUCUCUUUUGUCAGAAGCUGAGCGUCGGGAGCUCAUCAGAAGGGCCUUUGAAAUGAAAGAUCUUUUAAAGAAGGAACUCGAUAAAACUUUAGGCAUCAUUGAAGAAAAGAACAAAGAACUCAGACGAGUUCACUCACAGUUGGAAAGAGGUCAGCUGAUGGUUGAUGGAGAAAAAGAAGCUUUGGAUAAGGAUGACUUGUGUUAUUUUCCUCUUUUUGCCGAGAGAGAAUUUAAAGAAGGGUCAGCACCUCAGAUGCAUUUUCGCCUUGCAGAGUCCCAAUUCUACAGGCUUGUUGAUACAACUGAUAAGUAUCGCAUCACCAAGGUUGAAUAUGUUGUCAAUCCAGUGUUGAUGAGAAGAUUCCAGAAAGCGCGGCAGAAGCUUAAGAAAGUGCGAGGAGAAAAGAUGUCAUAUCCAGUAUUGGCAUUCCACGGAACAAAAGAGAACAACAUUCAUUCUAUUUGUAACACAGGGUUUAGAGUUCCUGGUGAAGAAAAUUUUGAACAUGCCACAGAUACAGGAUAUUAUGGCAGAGGAGUGUACUUCAGCGAGUAUCCGUCGUAUUCCAUGACCUACAUCCGAGGUGCAUCAAAACUCCUUCUGUGCCAGGUGUUGCCAGGAAAGGUUUACCGAUGCACCAAUUUGAUCCAUGGAGAGCCCCUGGAGAUGGGGCAUGACUCUCACACCUCCCCUGAUGGGAAAGAACUUGUUAUUUUUAACUCUCAUCACAUUCUUCCAUCUUAUGUUGUUCAUUAUGGUGAAGCUAAGGGAGACUUCCUGUAUGAAGUAACUGAUACAUAGGUUUUGUUGCUAGAUAGAUAUAUAUAUAUAUAUUAUAUAGUUUAGUACGUAGACUAACAUAAAACAUAAUUUUCACCUUUACUGUCCCUGAAGGGAGAAGAUCUUCAAUAAUAGCAGGGUUGCCAUGGGUCAGGAAAUGGGCAAAGGAAAAACAGUUUCAAGGUCAGGUAAAAGUCAGGAGGGAAAAGUCAGGGAAAGUGAAAUUAUAACACCAGAGAUUUAAAUGCCAUUGAAGGCUGCCUUGAAGAAACAUGUCAGGUCAUUUAAAGUGAUCUCAAUGAUAUUUUUCCUUGAUGAAGAAGGCAAAACUGAUCAGUCUAAAAUUAAUGGGUGGAAAGGACAGUUGUAAGAGGAGGCUGGAGGCCACUACCAUAAUCAGACAUUUUGCAUUUAUUUGCUCAGGGAAAUUUUCUUCUUAUCAUGGAACAGUCAGGAAAUUUUGAGGUGAUAUUGGUGGCAAUCACGAUUACAGUUGUAUGUUUUAAAGUAUUCUUUUUGGUCAGUGCUAAAAAGACUACCACACAUAGACAAGUCUAUAUGUAUUAUUUUUAUUUUUGUCAAUAAAUUAUUUUGUGACCUUGAUCAACACAUAAAGUUGGAAUUAUGUUAGGAUUCUAACAUAAUUUACUAAACAUUAAAAUACAUUACACCAUGAAGGAAAAGUUGUUCUCUUGGUUUUCUGAUGAAAUGUGCCCUUGAGUAUACAGCAAGAGUCCCAGUUAACACUUCUUGAAACACAUUGCAUCCUUAAUAAAAGUCUGCAAUAACACCCGACAGUGUAGCAUGUUACCAUUUGAAAGAUAGAAAGCAGCACAUUCAUUUUUGUACUGCUCAUUAGGCCGUGCAAGGUGGUUCAAACAGAAAUGUAACCUCAUCACGUUACCAUUCAAAAGACAAAUUUGCGAGCUACUCAAGCAUUGCUUGUUGGUUUUUAAUUAUAUUUUUUGGUGACAUUUCACAUUCAGCUUAAAAGUAGAGUAACGUACACACAGAUCACUCGGCUCAAUUAUGUUAUACUCCAACACCGUAGGAACUCCUGUACAUAUAUGCAAUCUGACCUUAUCUACAUUUUUAUAGAACCAUAAAUUGGGAGAACUAUUUAAUAUAAUAAUAUUAUUAUAAACAGACCUCACACUGACUGUCUUGUCUCAUAUAUUUAUAACCCUAAAGUACAGCCAGUAGUCAGUUGUCUUAGGCCCAGGUAAGUCUUUAGCCAGGGUUUAGCCUUUGCACAGAACAAAACUGAGAUAUUUUAAGCUACCUGAAGUAAACCUAUUGUCAAUUUUGAGAGACAAGUGAAAGUAUGUCUGUUUAUAGUUAUGAAACCAUUGGGAGCACAAAUUUGUUGCUCAAAGUAAAACAAAAGAAACCCAUAUGGGAUUGGGUAUGAUAAAAUGACAUACAUGUAGAGAUUCUUAUCAAACAAAGGAAAUAGACAAUUUAGUGUCUUCUUAAUUAACACCACCUCUAAAAUAGUAUGGUGAAAGAGUUUUUAUUUUGUGCAAUAGACCAAAUGUUUCUUUUGGUUUAUUGGCUAGCUAUGUGGGAAAAAAAGAAAGAAAUAGCACAGAAAAAAAAUAAUGAAAUCCCACUUAUUCCACCUCUAAUUCCAUAUGGUGUGUGAAUUCCGCUUGUGAUCCCAUGUGGGAUGAACGGUUUCCGCACCUGGUCUGCGGCAGAAUGUGCCAUUCCCACAGUUGGGGGGGG